CCUGUGGCCACUGAAAUCCAACUCACCCAUGCCUAUUUCUGGUAAUGGAUGAACUUGAUGCUAAUGUGAGUUCCAAGGAGGGUUUCGGGUCAGUGGAGAAAGUUGUGCUGCUUACGUUUCUUUCGGCGGUUAUCCUGAUGGCCAUCUUGGGGAACCUGCUGGUGAUGGUGGCUGUGUGCAGGGACCGGCAGCUCAGGAAAAUAAAAACCAAUUAUUUCAUUGUAUCUCUUGCCUUUGUGGAUCUGCUGGUUUCGGUGCUGGUGAUGCCCUUUGGUGCCAUCGAGCUGGUUCAAGACAUUUGGAUUUAUGGGGAGAUGUUUUGCCUUGUCCGGACAUCUCUAGACGUCUUGCUCACCACAGCUUCGAUUUUUCACCUGUGCUGUAUUUCACUGGAUAGGUAUUAUGCUAUCUGCUGCCAGCCUUUGGUGUAUAGGAACAAGAUGACCCCUCUGCGCAUCGCACUAAUGCUGGGAGGCUGCUGGGUCAUUCCCAUGUUUAUCUCUUUUCUCCCUAUAAUGCAAGGCUGGAAUAACAUUGGCAUAAUUGAUUUGAUAGAAAAAAGAAAGUUCAACCAGAACUCUAACUCUACGUACUGUAUCUUCAUGGUCAACAAGCCCUAUGCCAUCACCUGCUCUGUGGUGGCCUUCUACAUCCCGUUCCUCCUCAUGGUGCUGGCCUAUUAUCGCAUCUAUGUCACAGCUAAGGAGCAUGCCCACCAGAUCCAGAUGUUGCAGCGGGCAGGAGCCCCCUCAGAGGGCAGACCCCAGCCAGCAGACCAGCACAGCACACAUCGCAUGAGGACAGAGACUAAAGCGGCCAAGACCCUGUGCAUCAUCAUGGGUUGCUUCUGCCUUUGCUGGGCUCCAUUCUUUGUUACCAAUAUUGUGGAUCCUUUCAUAGACUACACUGUCCCUGAGCAGGUGUGGACCGCUUUCCUCUGGCUCGGCUAUAUCAAUUCUGGGUUGAAUCCCUUUCUCUACGCCUUCUUGAAUAAGUCUUUUAGACGUGCCUUCCUCAUCAUCCUCUGCUGUGAUGAUGAGCGCUACCGAAGACCUUCCAUUCUGGGCCAGACUGUCCCCUGUUCAACCACAACCAUUAAUGGAUCCACACAUGUGCUAAGUGGCUGUUCAUCUGUCUCCAGCUUCUUCCUGCUCUUCUGCAAUAGACCAGUUCCUGUCUAACUUUGAACAUGCUCUGUACACAGUUCUGCACAGUGGUCAUCACCAGGAACUGGAGAAAUUGCCCAUACACAAUGACCCAGAAUCCCUGGAAUCAUGCUUCUGAUGGCAGACGUGGCACAUAACUAAGCCAUUCAUUUCCAUUCAUGUUUGCAUGAACAGGACAUUCUGACAUCACUCCUGAUCCUCAUCACCCCUAGUGAGGCACAAGCCAGUGGGGGCCGAGAGCCCAGGAAAGGUACAUGGAAGACAGUGCUGG